AUGCCCGAAAUCCCAGCCAUGGAGCCGGUCGACAUCGCACCUCUGCCCGCGAUCAUCCCCCCCGUCGUCGAAUACCGCGGAUGGCGAUCUCGCAUGUCUGAAAGCAACUGCGCAAUGACCAUUUGGAUUCUGGCCGAGAGCCUUCUCGAAUGGGAAACGUACAGCUUUCUUUGGCGGCACAGCGCCUCGGUCGACACGAACUUCCUGCGCUUCUUCUUCGAAAAGGCCGUCGAGGGCUUCGACUACGCCAAAGGAAGAUUCAACGAGCUCCACCUCUUCGAGGACCUGUACUACGUCGCGCUCGCAAAGAUUAUCGAGCUCCACAGCGACCUCCGCCUGCGCUUCAGCAACGGCUUCCUCCACUCCACCACAAUCCUGUACACCAAGAGCACGCGGCACGAAACCGAAGCCACAACCGCGCACGACAUGCAGCAGCACCUCGAGUUCGCCUGGCACGAGCUCACCAGCAUCGACAUGCUCGCGGCGCUGCACCAGUCGAUCCAAACCGAGCACAUAGUGCGCCUCAAAGCCGCGCACAACCUCCACGUCUUCCGCGCCCACAAGCGCUACUCCACCGCAACGCCCACGCGCGCGGCCCUCGCCCGCGUCCGCGACACCCUGCGCGCGCACUUCGACCCCCGCGAGAUCCGGCCCGCCACGCCCGGCCUCGCCGACGUGGGCCGCCUCGGCGCCGCGGGCCUCAUGGCCCUCGUCUGGAGCAGGAGCAGCUUCGGCCUGCAGAGCUGGGUUACGCAUGCUCGCUGGGAGGAGAAGGAGGAGCAGCAGCUACGCAAGCAGCAGCGGCUCGAGCACCUCGACCGCAUCAGCACCGCUACUACGGCCGUGCUGGCGCACUCGGCGGAGCACUCGCCCUCACCUUCCUCCUCCAGCGGCAGCUGUUCCUACUCCCCCGCCACGGCCAGCACCUCCUCCCCUUCGGCUUCCUCUCCCUCAGGAUACAGCACCGCGCCCACGACGCCCGACCGCGACUGGGCGGCGACAGCGGCGGCAAACGACAUCCAGGCCUCCACGAACACGGCCCUCAUCCUCACGCCCACGCCCACACCCACGCGCACAGCACCACCACCGCCAAAGCGGCGUCUCCGCCUCCGCCACUCGCGCACAACGCUCCACCGACAGCGGGCACUCCUCAAGCUCACCGGCGUCCUCGCGCCCAACUCGACGCUCAAGCGCUCCGCGACCGCGCCCUCGUUCUCCGCUUACACUAGCACCACCUCGCUGACCCUCACCUCCCCUACUGUCCCAACCACACCUAUCAAACCCACCACACCCACCACACCUUCCCCUAUCCCCCACAAACUCAACAACCACGACAACAACCGCAACACCAACACCCCGAACCUCCCCCCCUGCCACUGCGCCCCCGCCUGCACCUGCAGCUACUGGUGCGCAAAAGAGCCCUACCAACCCUGCGCAUGCCGCUUCCCGGCCGCGCACAUAGCGCGCACGCGCUGCGUCAGCGUCGCGGGGUCCGCGUACACGGCGACGAGCGAGGGCGUGUCGGAGCCGGAGUCGGAGCCGUUGAUGGCGGGGGUGGGGUGGGGAUGGUGGGGAUGAGCUAGGCUGACAAUGGUGCGUGGCUUGCUGGGAGCUGGGAGCUGCUUGGAGACGUUGGGUUGGGAGACGUUGGGUUGGGAGACGUUGGUUGGGUUUGCGCAGUGCAGUGCUUGCAGGAGACGGACAGGGUCGCCGGAUUGCGUGAGGCCGAGGAGGCUCAAGACGGACGGACGCUCAGAAGACGGGGUAAGUGCCUAGCCAAGGGGUGGGUUGGAUUGGAAGCGUGAGCGGCUUGACUGAUUGAUGGGUUCGAAGAUGAGGUAUCUGCCCAAGAAAGAAAGGAAGGAAACCACGGAACGCACAGAGAAGGACGACGACGAUGACGGCGACGAAGGAGGAAGGCCGGGGAUAUGCUUGGUUGGUUGGUCCCAUGGGAGGGAGGAGCAGCAAGCCUAAAUAAAGAUGAGAUGAUGGCGGGUUGUGGCUUUCGGAUCUUGAAAAGGACGGCGGAAGGAAGCAAG